AUGGAUUUUAUGGCAGAAUCUUUGCGUCCAUCAUUUUCAUAUAUGUAUGAUAGACCAUGGGCCUUAAUGGGAGAUUUCAAUGCUUAUUUGUUUCAUGAGGAUACUGUGGAAGGUUCGUCCACGUAUAACAUAAGGACAAAGGAGUUUAAGGAAUGCAUCGAUGAGAUAGAGGUUUUUGAUGUUAAUAGAUCUGGGAUUCAUUUCACGUCGACUAAUAAACAAAUAGAUAGUGGGCCUAUUUUUAAGAAACUCGAUCGGAUUAUGGGAAAUAUUCAGCUGAUUGAUAUGUUUCCUUGUGCAGCAGCCUAUUUUCAUCCGUAUCGUGUGCCGGACCAUUUGCCAUGCAUUCUUCGGCUGCCAAAUGUGAAACGUGAUAGGCCCAAGCCUUUUAAGUUUGCUAAUUUGGUAGUGGAUAAGCCGGGUUUUUUGGAUGAAGUUACACGAGUGUGGAAUAUGGAACAAGAUGGUUAUCCAAAAAAUCACCGAAGCAGAAUUUUUGCAAUCCGGGAUGGGACUGGUACUCUGUAUGAAGGAGGCGAUGUUCCUCAGGUUAUGGUGAAUCAUUUUUCUAAUUUUUUUGGUAGUGUUGGAGACAUUGCUGAGCAUCCUAUGCCCGAUCUGUUCACUAAGGUCCUUUCAGAAGAUAAAGCUACGGCUAUGGCAUGGAUGGUAAGCAAUGAGGAAAUUAAGCAAGCUAUGUUUUCUAUAGCUGGGAACAAAGCUCCUGGCCCGGACGGUUAUACAUCGAUAUUCUUUAAAAAAUCAUGGGAUGUAAUUGGCAAUGAUAUCUGCAGUGCGGUGCGUGAUUUUUUCGAUAAUGGUAGCCUUCUUACUCAGCUCAAUCACACGAUUAUUUCUCUUAUUCCCAAGGUUAGUACCCCGGCUUUAAUUACCGAUUACCGGCCCAUCUCGUGUUGCAACACUUUGUAUAAGUGUAUUAGCAAAAUCAUCACUAAUCGUAUUAAAGAAGGGUUAGGUGAUAUUUUUAGUAUUAACCAAUCGGCUUUUGUGCCAGGUAGAAGGAUUCCAGACAAUAUUCUUCUAACCCAGGAAUUAAUGCAUAAUUAUCACCGCAAUCAUGGUCCUCCAAGAUGUGCUUUUAAGGUGGAUAUUCAAAAGGCGUAUGAUACGGUUGAUUGGAAUAUUUUAGAGCAAAUACUCAUGGGGUUUAGGUUCAACCAAAAGAUGAUUAGAUGGAUUAUGGCUUGUGUAACUUCCACUAUUUCUCGUUGGCUAUUAAUGGAAAUCUUCAGGGUUAUUUUCCGACAAAGCAUGUUUCAUAACAAAUGUGAGAAACAACGGAUAAUCAACCUAUGCUUUGCGGAUGAUCUAUUCUUGUUUGCUCGAGGUGAACUCAGUUCGGCUAAGAUUAUUAUGGAUGCUUUACAGACCUUUAAAAAGAUGUCAGGAUUGGUUCCAAGCAUGACUAAGAGUACAGUAUUUUAUGGAAAUGUGUCUAACCUGGUUAGAGAAAGCAUUCGGACCAUUAUUCCUUUUGAUGAGGGUAUAUUGCCAGUUCGGUAUCUUGGGGUGCCUUUGAUAUCGACUAGACUUACGUAUAAUGAUUGUAAGCGGCUGGUGGAAAAUAUGGAGAGCAGGAUUACGGAUUGGAAAUCUAAGAGCUUAUCGUUUGCUGGGAGAGUUCAAUUAGUUCGUUCGGUUUUGUCAUCAAUGCAUGUUUAUUGGGCAUCGAUGUUCAUAUUACCAAAACGAAUUGUCAAAGAUUUGGAGGAUAGAAUGCGAAGAUUUUUGUGGGCUCAAGGAAAUAAUAUUAAAGGAAAGGCUAAGGUGAAAUGGAGCCAAGUGUGUCUCCCGAAGCGCGAAGGUGGUCUAGGUAUUCGGCGUGUCAGGGACAUGAAUAAUGCUCUAAUGGUUACGCAUAUAUGGAGCCUUAUCACUCUUAGAGAAUCUCUUUGGGUUAAGUGGGUUCAUUCGUAUCGCAUUGGCGGAAGAAGUUUUUGGGAUUUACCGGUCAAACAAAAUAUCACAUGGAGUUGGAGAAAAAUGUUACAGUUACGGCCGCUUGUGCAUCAGUAUGUCUGGUCUAAGAUUGGUGAUGGUGCUCGCACACUUGUUUGGUUCGAUAAAUGGCAUGAGGUGUGUCCCCUUAAAAAUUUUAUUACACCACGAAUGAUUUCUAACGCUGGGUUUCAAAUGGAAGCUACGGUUGCGGAUAUGUGCCAGUCAGGGGAGUGGAUAUGGUCGAUGUCAUGGUUACAACAAGCUUCAGAGCUGCGCAAUCUUCCUAAUGUAGCUAUCACAGCUGGAGUUCAAGAUAAAAUUAUUUGGAGAACAAGAGCGGCUAAGGAGAUGGAGUUCACAACUGCGGCUUGCUGGAAUGAUUUACACCAGGUUCAACCCGAAGUCCCUUGGGCCGACGCUGUUUGGUUUCCUCAGUCAAUUCCUCGGCAUUCGUUUCUAAUGUGGCUUUUUUUGAACAAGAAACUUAAAACGCAGGAUGUUAUGAGUAAGUGGAAUUCUUUGGGUAAUGCAAACUUCAACCUCAUGUGCUGUUUGUUAUGCACGGCUGGACCGGACUCUCAUGAUCAUUUAUUCUUUGAGUGCAAUUAUUCGGCUCUAGUUUGGAAGGGUAUUCGGAAGAAAGCAGGGAUGGAGGAUGUUCAAAACUCUUGGGCUGGGAUUUUUGAUCAUUUGCUUCUUGUUGCGCAGUCAAAAGCGGUCGAGCAUAUUAUUACGAAACUUGUUGUUGGUGCGGCGUCCUAUUUUAUCUGGCAAGAGCGGAACCAAAGACUUUUUUCAGCUAAGAGAAGGAGUACGGAUCAACUGAUAGACAUUAUUCUCACAACAGUGCGGUUGAAGCUACAUAUGAUGAGAUAUAAACCAACGCGCCAAGCUACCGCAAUGUUACAAGAUUGGAGUCUACCACGAGGGCUGCUGAUGGAGGAUGAUCAUAAUGGUACGUGCAAGAUGGAUGAUCUAUUCAUGAAUCCGUUUAGCGAUAUGUAUACCUUUGCUGGAAAUUCUAGAGACGAUACUUCUUCUAGCAACACCAAUGAGAACACACCGAGUACAAAGAAAAGCUUAUUGGAUGCCUUGGGAGUUGAAAGUUUCAACUGGAGCGAGUUGUUACCUGAGGAGGAUGCGGUUGGAUAUGCUUUCAUGGCAAAAUCUGCUGAACCUGUUCCUUUUAAAGACAACAGAACUGAAGAACAGAAGUAUGGUUACAAAAAGAUGAUAGCUCAGAACAAAAUGAUCAGAUUAUCUGGUAUCUAUCUUGAAGCAAAAAGAGAAAGGGGAUGGGAUCCAGAGAGAGAAUGUUAUCUUGACCCCAUGGGAAACAUUUCUAUUGACCAUAACACUCUUGAUCUUGAAACCAUAAUUAAAGAAAUGGUUGAUGAAGAUGAGUAUGGCAAAGAUAAUGGUGGGGAAGCGGAGAAGUGA